CGCUUCCUAACUCUCGUGUUUGUUAUGGUUGGUUUGUAGCAAACGUUAACUACAUAGAUAGCUGGCUAGCUACCAAUACCUCUACGAAAAUGGAGCCAUUACCUGCGUCCUACUACGGGAAGAUCGACAAGAAAAAUCCUGUAAUAUCAGCCUUUGUCGGAGAAAUAAAGGAGUUUAAGUCAUGCAUUAAACGUGUUAGGGACUUUCCAAAGUUUGACCAGACCACCUACGUGAGAGGGUCGAAACUGCUUUUUGGAAUAUGGAACAAGUACAAGCCUCGGCUCCCAACGUAUUAUUAUGACCAACACGUUCUACACAUAGCCGAUUUUCUCUUCUCGAACAAGCUUUACUACCUGGCACAGUGGCAGGGCUAUGGACGGUACCUGUGUGAGCACGGUGAUGUGACCAUCGACAGCAUCAAAGAUGUCGACCACUUCAAGAGCACCUUAUUUCCGCAGGGCCUUAAUACCGACCAAGCUAAGCUUACAUUCCAAGCGCUCCAGGGCCAGUGUCAGUGCAUGUUCUACCUGGAGAGAGCCAGGGGCAGGGAACCGAGCCUGGACUCGGUCCAGAAGCUGCUCAGCCUCCUGGGCUUCCUGCGCAUAAUGAUGCAGGCUCUGCUGCCCCAGGAGAAGCUGUGCUGGCUUGUUUACAAUGUGCUGACCAAGCGACAGGUCUUCGUUUCAAUCAAACUGUAA